AUGCGGAAAGAGGUUAUGGUAGUGGCGGAGCACGCCGACAAACUAAAUUUCAAAGACCUUCCAACGACGGAUUAAACACUUUUGUGUGAUUGUCUUCAGUCUUCAGUGUCUUACGCUCUCAUCUGUAACCGUCGUUCAAUUUGUAAUUCGCUCUUGUCGCGAAUAUUUGUUAUUAAUUUUGAAUUAAUUCGCACCAUCUCGGUUUGCGGUUUAGUUCUUCGUUUGUGCUCCUCCAUAUAAAACCAUUGUGGAAAUGUUCUCUUAUCACUAGUGCUUAAUCUCGGUGAUCUUACAUUGUGUCUUUGCAGCAUAUGUGGAUUCGUGUUGCCAUUUUAUACAGAGAAAGUUUUAAUAACAAGUAUCCUACUCGUAUUUAUCGUUAAAUAAAUCGCAAAUACUAUGAAGUCAACGAAUUAAUUUUUUUUUCAUUAAUAUCACAAUUUUAACAAUUUGUGAAAGUUUUUCCGUUCACUCGCACGCUGCCAGACAAUAAAUCAAAGAUGAGUUCGGACGACGAUAUCGAUAAUUUGCCGGAUCGUAUUUCGGACACCUUUAUCGGGCGGACAGUUUUUAUGACCGGUGGAUCCGGAUUCUUGGGCAGAGUAUUGAUGGAAAAGAUUCUUCGCAAGUGCCCGCAAGUGAAAACUAUCUACCUUUUGUUGCGAAUGAAAAAAGGCAAAUCGUCCCAUCAACGAAUCCAUGAACUUUUCAACUCGCCGUUGUUCGAUCUGCUAAAACAAACCCACGGAGCUGACAUAAUCAAAAAAGUAAUCGUAAUACCGGGCGACGUUAUGUUACCAAAUCUCGGCAUAUCCGAAGAAGACAGCAAAUUGCUACACGAAAACGUGGAAAUAUUUUACCAUUGCGCCGCCACCAUACGUUUUGACGAGCCUCUGAAAUCAGCUGUCCUGCUCAACACCAGAGGCACCAGAUACGCUUUGGAAUUUGCCAAGAAAAUCAAGACUUUAGAGUACUUCUUAUACGUAUCGACGGCGUAUUGUCAUUUAAAUGAAAAAGUGCUCCAUGAAGAAGCCUAUCCUCCGCCAGCCGAUCCUCAUAAGAUUAUACGAGCCAUGGAAAUAUUAGACAACGAUUUAGUAGAAUUAAUUUCCAAAAAAGUACUGGGAACGUUUCCUAAUACGUACGCUUAUACCAAAUGUUUAUCCGAGCAUUUAGUAGUCGAGCAAAUACGCGCUGGAUUUCCAGCCUCGAUUGCUCGACCUUCAGUCGUAAUUCCCGUUUGGUUGGAACCCCUUCCUGGAUGGACUGAUAAUAUCAACGGACCUACUGGUCUCCUCAUUGGGGCUGGAAAAGGUGUCAUUAGAACCAUGUAUUGUAACAAUGAAGGAUACGCUGAUUACCUGCCAGUCGAUAUUGCCGUCAAUGGAUUAAUCAUUGGUACCUGGAAUUACGUUGAUAAUAAAGACCGCACCAGAAAUAUCUUCCAUCUGACUUCGAGUCAAGAAUGGCAAGUCAGCUGGCAAGAAGUGAUCGAUAUCGGUAAAAGCAUAGUCACAAAUGAAUUGCCAUUAAACGGAGUCGUUUGGUAUCCAGGCGGUAGUAUGAAGAAGAAUAAGCUUCUGCAUCAAAUCUGCGUCAUCUUAUUCCACAUGAUACCAGCUUACGUUCUAGAUUUCUUCAUUUUCUGUUCCGGAAAUAAACCAGUAUUAUGUCGCGUCCAAGACAAAAUCAACAAAGGUUUCGAAGUCUUCGAGUACUACGCCAAUAACCAAUGGGAAUUCCGAAACGAGCACGUGCAUUAUAUAAGAAAAGUAAUGAAUAAGAGGGAAAGGCGUGAUUACAAAAUCGACGGAGAAGAUAUGGAUAUCAGAGAGUACUUCAAAAGCUGCGUAAUGGCUGCUAGAAAUUACAUCCUGAAAGAACCCCCUGAAACGAUACCAGCAGCCAGGAGGCAUAUGAAAGUAAUGUAUUGUCUUGAUAUUCUUGUAAAAACCUUAUUCUUCGGAUGGCUCAUCUGGUUAGUCGUCGGAUUCCUCAACAACGCUGUCAAUUACAUGUUCGAUCUGAAUACCACAGCCUGAAAAUUUUCCAUCAGAGAUGUACGAGGCUUCUUGAAUCAAAAUUAACAAUUCUCAGGAAUCUCGAAUUAUAAAAAAUCAAAACAUGCUAUUAUUUAUUAAUACUCGACAAAAUGUUACCGAAGUUCAUUUUCUUUUAUCCUCGUGUUAUGUUUGUACUAUUCUUUUCUUGCCAAUAUUUUUUUCUUCUUUUUUAAAAUAAUGUUUGUGAUAAUCGAAAUCAAAUUCUACAUAUUAAUUAUUUUUAUUUAUCUAUGUCAAUUGCCUUUUUUUUCUCCUUCAGUAGAUAGACACCUAGUUCAAUACAGUUUAUAUAGGUAGUUGAUCAAUUUUUUUUGGCGUACAUUACCUGAAAUUUUAUCCGAAAAUAAGACUAGGUAAACUAAGCAUUACCUAUUUGCACUAAAACAGUGUACUUUUUUCUGUUUAAAUAGAUACCAUAUUCAAUUUAUUUUAUUAUUUUUUCUUCUUUUUUCUUUUUGUAAACAUCACGCUUACUUUUAAAAUAUAUUUUCAGAAAUGA